AUGCUGGGCACCUCUUACUCGCACCGAGUCAUGCAUACAUCGCUAUCCUUGCCUUGCUCACGCACCUCUUCCUCUGAGCAUGUCCUGCUUGUGCCUCUGGCAAUAUGCGUGUUGUGUCUUGCCCGGCUAAAACUGCGUCUUGGAUCUGCCCCCGACACGCUGGGCCGGCGACAGCGGAUCCUCGCCGGCUGGCUACAAGUGAACUGCAAAAGGUGUCCAUUCAACGAAGAUCCCUCUGACCGCCUGUUCACGGCUACGAAUCACUACUGCGUCGUUACCAAACACUUGGGAAUAGCUGCAUGUGCACGACAAGGCCAGGGACCUCGAAAUGCAGAAAACAAAAUUGAUCGCUCAGAGUGA